AUGGACAGACAUCAAUAUCGUAAUAAUAAUGUUCAAUUUAACACUGAGUAUUAUGAUUACGAUAUUGAUGUCGAUGACAUUGACAUUGACUAUUACGAUAUCGAUGACAUUGACAUUGAUUAUUACGAUAACGAUAAUGAUGAUAUUGAUAUUGAUUAUUACGAUAACGAUAAUGAUGAAAUUGAUAUUGAUUAUUACGAUAACGAUAAUGAUGAUAUUGAUAUUGACUAUUAUGAUAACGAUAUCGAUGACAUUAAUAUUGACUAUUACGACAACGAUAUCGAUGACAUUGACAUUGACUAUAACGACAACGAUAUCGAUGACAUUGACAUUGACUAUUACGAUUACGAUAUCGAUGACAUUGACAUUGACUAUUACGAUUACGAUAUUGAUGACAUUGACAUUGACUAUUACGAUUACGAUAUUGAUGACAUUGACAUUGACUAUUACGAUUACGAUAUUGAUGACAUUAAGAUAUAA